CAGACUCCAGAGUGAAGCUGCUGAUCUGAAACCAGACCUCCACCAUCAGGAUGUUGUGUCCCAGCGUCUUCCAGCCGUCCCCCGUCACCAUGAGGCCUUUCCUGGACCUGCACUGGCCCGUCCGCAGCCUGUGGCCCGAGACCCGGCCGCUCUUCUACCAGCUGGAGCAGGAGAUGAUCCGCCACAUGCAGGAGAUGAGGCAGAGCAUGGAGUACAUGGAGAGGCUGCACCAGAAGAUCUUCGAGGAGAUCGACCAGACCUCUUCCUCCAUCGGGGUCUUCAAGCCCAUCGCCUUCCAGGAGCUGGCGAGGGACGGCAGCAGCUUCGCCCUCAGCCUGGACACCACGGAGUUCUCCCCGGAGGAGCUGUCGGUCAAACAGGUGGGCAGGAAACUGAGGGUGAGCGGCAGGACGGAGAAGAAGAAGGAGGACGAGAAGGGCUCGUACUCGUACAGGUGUCAGGAGUUCAGGCAGGAGUUCGACCUGCCGGACGGCGUCGAGCCCGAGGCCGUCACCUGCUCGCUGGUGGGCGGCCGGCUGCAGAUCCAGGCGCCCCGGGAGAGAGCGGUGAGCGACGGGAAGGAGAGGGUCGUCCCCAUCAGCGUGGCCUCGGCCCCGGCUAUCACCUCCUCCAGCGGGGGGCCGGAGGCGAGCAGCCAGAGUGACCUUUGACCUUUGUUGUAGUUUUAUUACCUGAUGGAGGGAACAGGAAGCUCUUUCUCUUUACCUGCACUUUGAUUUUUAACUGUUUAUAAUAAACUUCUUGUUUCUUCAAGUUUUAUUCAUUUAGACUUUUUUUUCUCAGAAUAUGAAAAACAUUCUGAUAUUUGUUUGUUUGAAUAAUGAACUGACUCUUUAUUAUUAUUAUUAUUAUUAACUGAUUCAAUAACUUUGUAAUCUCAUGUUCUCUUUAACGUCUGUUCCUCUUCAAUAAAACUAAUAAUGACUUUAAACUUUGGACUCAUUUAUAAACUUAAGCUCCAUAAUAACUUUAACUUUUCUCAUAAGCUUGUAUUUUAUAAAAAAGGGAGCUAACUAACAAUGGCUGCAGAUUAGUUAGGUACCAUUAGCUACCUGAACAUGUGACUGUAUAUGUCUGUUGUUCAUCAUAGAUCAGAUUAAAGUCAUAAGAACCGACACAUUUAUGAUUUAUUCUAAGAGGAAACGAUGUGUCUGUAGACCAGCAGUUGUCCGACCCUUGACGGGACUGAUGGAAAUAAACACAGGACACCAGUUUUCCCCUUUCUUUGUAAAAUAAUUCUCAAUAAACUUAAUUUAUUCACAAACUGCUUUUCAAAUUGCCAUGUUGUCAUUGUUCUUUUUUUUUAAAUCACAUACAAUAAAAAACAUUUCUAAAAGACAA